CUCAUCUAUGGCCUGUUACAGCAAAUAGUGAACACACGGCCGCCAUAAUCAAACAAAAUCCUUCGGAUAAGCUGAAAGUUGACAUUCUGCAAUUGUUUAGGCAGUAAUAUUUCAAUAACUGUCAUCAAUGAGUGCUAAAUUAGACGUAAACAGACGUGUUUUGGCAAUACAAGCUAAAAAGAAGCGGCACAAGCUCGGCAAAAAAAAGGGUAAAAACGAGAUGAACGGCCACGGAGAAAAUCGUUCAAAAAAUGAACCCUCCCACAGCUCUAGUAAUGAGACAAUAGAAGACCCAGAUGAACAAUAUACCAGUGAAGAAGAGGAGCAAGAAGACAGUACAGAUUACAGAAAGGGUGGCUACCACCCCGUUAAAAUAGGCGACCUCUUUUUAGGACGCUAUCAUGUAACUAGAAAAUUAGGAUGGGGUCAUUUCUCCACUGUUUGGCUGUGUUGGGAUCUGGAAGACAGGAGAUUUGUUGCACUCAAAAUUGUGAAAUCCGCAGAGCAUUUCACAGAAACUGCUUUGGAUGAAAUUAAAAUCUUAAAAUCGGUGAGAGAGUCAGAUCCGCAUGAUCCUAAGAGAAAUAAAACCGUACAGUUGUUGAAUGAUUUCAAAAUAUGUGGUGUAAAUGGAGUGCAUGUUUGUAUGGUAUUUGAAGUAUUAGGACAUCAUUUGUUGAAGCUGAUCAUUAAAUCUAACUAUCGUGGCAUUCCACUGAGUAAUGUUCGUACUAUCAUAAGGCAAGUUUUAGAAGGGCUGGAUUAUUUGCAUGCAAAAUGCAAUAUUAUUCAUACAGAUAUUAAACCAGAAAAUGUUCUUGUUUGUGUCAGUGAAGAUUAUAUCAGAAGAUUAGCUUGUGAAGCUGCUGAAAUGCAUCAGUUAGGUCUCAAAUUACCUACUUCAUUGGUCAGUACAGCUCCUAUUCAAGAAGCCCAACCAACUAAAAUGAGCAAAAACAAGAAAAAGAAGUUGAAGAAGAAAGCAAAGCGUCAAAAUGAGUUAUUGAAAAGGCAAAUGGAACAAAUAAUUGAAAUUGAAGAGCAGAAAAAAGUACAGACCCCUGAAAAUACUAAUCAAAAUCCUGAUUCUUAUGAAUGUAACGGUGUACCUUCUAGCCCUGAUACAACCUCUGAUGAUACCAAUAAUAAAAUAAUUAAUUGUAAUGAUAACGACUUGGAAGGAAAUGAUAAUGAAGCAACUCUAACCAUUUCUCAGGAGACUGUUGGGUUAGAGCAUACUGUUCAAAUGUCUGAAGACGAUUCUCCCUCUAUAACUUCUAAAAGUGAAAGUAAAAUAGAAUCAGAUCCAGCUUUUGUUGAAUGUGAUGUUGAUGUGAAGAUUGCUGAUUUAGGAAAUGCUUGUUGGGUGGAUAAGCAUUUUACAGAAGAUAUUCAAACUCGACAAUAUCGUUCAUUAGAAGUAUUAUUGGGAGCAGGUUAUGGAACUUCUGCAGAUAUUUGGAGUACAGCAUGUAUGGCUUUUGAGUUAGCAACAGGAGAUUACCUUUUUGAACCUCAUUCUGGAGAUAAUUAUACAAGAGACGAGGAUCAUUUGGCACAUAUUAUUGAAUUAUUGGGUGAAAUACCAAAAAAAAUAUGUCAGAGUGGCAAACAUUCAAAAAUGUUUUUCAAUAGGAAAAAUGAACUAAGGCAUAUAACUGGCCUGAAACCUUGGUGUCUGGAAGAUGUUCUCACAGAAAAGUAUGAAUGGCCUCUCAAAGAAGCAGAAGAAUUCACUUCAUUCUUGAAGCCAAUGCUUGAUUUUGAUCCUGACAAAAGGGCAACUGCUGCAGAUUGCUUGAAACAUCCAUGGUUAACAAAAUAAACAAUUCUCUCUUUAGAUGACUGAUAUAAUUUAAAUUGCUUGUGUUGCUAAAUAGUGACUUGACUAUUUUUUCCUGAAACUACACAAAAUCGCUCUCACACCUAUGAUUCUUUGAAUAAAUUAUUUAUUAAGUUAAUAUGUUCAGAGAGAUGUUUUGAUUUUGUUUUGUAAGAUGUAUGUUAUUAGAAGUUGAAAAAUCUUCAAUGUAUUAAUUAGAAAUACAUAAUUUAGAUCUGAAAAUCAUCAUUUAAAUUGAAUAAAUUAUUUGUUGAUUGAGAGCUCUCUUGAUAUUUAUUUUGAGCUAUUGGAUGAAGUGUAAUAGAAGGGGUAAUAGUUCUGAAAUUCUCUAGAUAAUAUGCUUUUCAACUAUAUUAAUUUUGAAAAGUAACACAUUUCAGUGAAUAAAAAAUACACUACUCUAAAUUUUCAAUGGAGAUCAUGAAAAAUGAUAUAAAUUAUUGUAUAACAACCACAUUCUGAAUUUGAUCAUUUAGUACAGAGUGAAGAAUCUUAUUUUAUUUUGGAACAUAGCUCUGAAACAAACUAUGUGUUACAUGUUACACUUUAUUUUUUGAUUGAAAGAAUAUGGAGAUAUUGCCUAUAUUUGUGUAAAUAAACAACUCUUAAUUAGAAGGAAUUAGUGUGUGAUAGUUGAAGCACCAAUAUUUCUAUGAUAUCGAAUCCAUGUAAAAACAAAUCAAUAAAUAACUAAAUUGGCUACUCAA